AUUUUAAUUUUUAUUGGACCUUACGUUUUAUCUUUGUUUUUAUUCUUCAAGCGCAUGCGCAUUACGAGGCCACGCCUACAUCCAACUCGUGUGUAUGUGUGCGUGUGCUUGAUCAUGGAGGUGUUGUUAGAGUUUGCUGGAACCAAAAUCCCUAUCCAUCCUAUAGAUAAUACAGAUUUAGUGAGUGAUAUUGAGGAUGAAAUCCGCAAAUAUGAGAGCACUGCAACAGUCAGCUUACAAGACACCUCUUCCAAGUAUAUACUACAGAAAUGGUCACCUAAAUGGGACUCAUUCGUCGUUGUCACUAGCGUUUAUGAUAUAGAGGAUGGAGAUAAGUUGACAGUGACACCUAGGCCUAAUGUGGUGCAAGAAACAACUAAGAAAGCAUUAGAUGUUUGUCUGUCACUUCGCAAGAAGCCCAGUGAAGAGCACCACAAAAUUUUGAAUAAGCUAUAUCCGUCACGUAAUAAUUUUCAACCUAGCACCUCAAAAUUUGACCCUUCAGACAAAAGUACAGCUGAACAUCUUCAUCAGAAAAAGAAAGGAGCAUCAGUGUCUAAUGGUGGAAGAGCUCGAUGUAUUAAAGUUGUUAUGGUUAAUGAUCCACUGUUAAAAAUUCCCCGUGGAAAAGGAAGGAAGCAGCUUGAACUAGAUGGUCGUAUAAAAACCAUUCAGGUGCGUAGAAAUAUGAAGGCAGCUGCUGUAAGGGAGUCAAUUCAUAAAUGUUUUGCUGGCCUGUCGUUUUCUAAUUAUACCUACCUUAAGUCACUGCCAAAUAAUUACUUGGAAAUUGUUGAAGGAAAACAAAGUUUAAAUGGCAGUGAGGUUAUUGAGCUCUGUGGUGGUGGCUGUCUUUAUGUUACUGAUAUAUCUAUGGAUUCAUUAUCCAGUGAUAGUAACGGUGUACAGAUCACUCAUGUUGAACCUGUUCCUCUUAUUUUUGAACCUGAGGAAAUAUUUGAGACUGAAGCUGGUAUUGAUAACAUUAUUCCUGAAGCUGGUAUUGAUAAUGGUAGUCCUGAAGCUGGUCGUGAUAAUGGUAGUCCUGAAGCUGGUCGUGGUACUCCUGAAGAUGGUAUUCUUGAUCAUAGUAUUCCUGAUGAAGCUAGUGCAAGUAUACCGAACAGGCAACAGUUAAUUGAGAGUCAAAAUGAUGCAUAUUUGGCUUCUGCAGAGUUUGAUAGAGCAAAUGAUAAUGCCAUUGCUGCUGCUCAAGAAAACAUUGAGGUAAAUGAAUCAUUACGUUUGUCUUUGCGUACAAAGUUUGAUGCAAUGGAAAAUGGGGACUACAAUCUUGCAUUCAGAUUGGCCAGUGGCUCACGAUUAGUUCAUUAUUUUCAUGAUGACACACCUUUGCAAGAUUUAUAUGGAUAUGUAUUUGCUAAGGGUGAGGUGAACCCACCAUUUUUGCUUUUCACUCAUCCUCGGAAGGAAAUACCAGUAGAUAAAAUUACUUUGCAGCAGUCAGCAAUAUGCCGUGGUUCCACUGUAGUUGUUGAGUAUGAUUCUGGUACAUAUCAGCCAUCUCUAAUUUAUGGUGAUUCUACACAACAGGACAUAUUUCAAAGCACAAGUGACAAGAAUUUCAACUCAUGUCUUGCAACAGCUGAUAAAGAGCGUCUUGAUUAUAUGUCCUCAUUAAAUCUAUGUCGUGGACUUCAUUUCAUUAAACGAGACAGUGUCUAUACUGACAUCAUGGAGCUCUACUCAAAAUCCACAAUUCUGUCUCAUUAUCCCCUUCGUUUUAAAUAUAGAGGGGAGGUGGCUGUUGAUACGGGAGGUGUGGCACGGGAUGUUUUUUCAUCCUUCUUUGAGGAAAUGUAUCUUCAUUUCUUUGAAGGUUCCACACUAGUGACACCUUCUGUUCAUCCGGGAAUCAGUUCUGAAUCACUUAGAGUCAUUGGCUCAAUUAUAUCCCAUUCUUACUUAGUUACCGGUAUUUUACCAGUACGAGUUGCAUUCCCAUGUUUGGCAGCAAUGUUAUUGGAAUGCUACAAUGAAACUAGUAUUCCAGACAACAAGUUAAUUGAUGUUCUUUUGAAUGGUCUAAGCUCGUAUGAUGCUGAAGUACUUCAAGAGGCCAAACAUCAGGUAGAAAAUGGAAACACAUUGUUUUCGGAGAAAAUUUCCAGUAAUUUAGUCAGUCUGUUCAGCUUCUAUGGUUCUAGACAGAUACCAUCCCCAUCUAAUUUAGAGAGUAUUCUUCUCCAAGUAGCAAAAUGUGAAUUUCUAUUGAAACCUGCAGCAGCUAUUCAAAUGAUUCGUUCUGGUAUUCCUGAGAUGCAUAGGAGGUUUUGGGGAAAGAUGACUGUGUCUGACCUUUAUGCUAUCUAUUCUGCUAUGUGUUCUUCACCAGAGAAGAUUUUAAUGUCUAUUGAGUCAAAUGCCAUAACUGAAACUCCUUUGCAAGAAAGGGUAUUAAUGUACCUGAGGCAAUACAUUGGCAGUGCAAGCAAAAACACAGUAUCACUUUUUUUGAGAUAUGUAACUGGAUCGUGUGUUUUUACUGGAAAGGGCAUCACUGUUAAAUUUAACUCUCUUGAAGGUUUUGCAAGGCGGCCCAUUGCUCAUACCUGUAACUGUUCAUUACAGUUACCAGUAACUUACAGCACAUAUACCGAUUUUCAAAGUGAGAUGGAUAAAAUUUUGACAAACGAGGAGUCCUUCACUAUGACAUCACUCUGACUAUUUUUGAAAUCAUUGAUUUUUUUCUUAUUUACACUGCUAGUACAAUGAUAACUGUAUUGUAUCAUUUUUUGUAGCAAUAGACUCAUUAACCAUUUCGUAUAUUAACUUUUGAGAUAUUGGAUUUUCAUUGUGUUCUUGGACCAGUAUAAUUCA